AUGAAAAUUUUUGUUGUGUUCGCUCGAUCCGAAAUUACGUUGACUUCCGAUUGUGGUGAUCUGCCCGUUCUGAUCGGUCAGUCGGUAACUUUGCGUUGCACAGUCAGCUCGCGAUUCGCUCAUCAGACCAAUCUUUCUAUCAUCUUCCUGCAAAAUGGCACAAUGAAGGCUGAGAAUUGCAAGGCCUACAAUACUGAUAAGUACGAAGUCACAUGUGAGCCGGAAAGUAAUACCAUUAACAGUUCCACCCAAACGUACCUCUUCCACAUUAAAUCAAUUAGUUGGACUGAUAGAGGCAAGUGGACGUGUCUCCUCUCUGGUUCCAGUUCGGAUAUUUACCUUGAAGUUCAUGGUAAGUGUAAUCUCACCCGAUCACUAGCUUGA